AUGGAUAUCGUCCUCGAGCUUGCCGACGCCGUCGUCCUUGACCGUGUCUACUCCUACUUCGCGCCUGCGAGCCCGGCUCAAUAUAUUUACCACAAUCUGAAGAAUGUCACAACAACCACCUGGUCGAGUAUUCGAGAGACAAGUACCGGGGCACCAGAGUUUAGCUAUGUUUAUGAGCCGGCUUCGCAAUACCUGAGCCUACCGCCUACAGAAUGGACGUAUAGGAGUUCCUUACCUCGCGACAACAUCUAUCGGCAAGGACUGAGCUUGUUCCUCCUAGUAUGGAUUUUCGGCCUUCUGCUCUACUUCGUUUUCGCGUCGUUAUCAUAUGUGUUUGUCUUUGACAAGACCACUUCUCAGCACCCGAAAUACCUGAAGAACCAAGUCCGACUCGAGAUUGCCCAAGCAUUCAAAGCCAUCCCAGUCAUGUCCAUACUCACGGCGGCGUGUAUGCUGGCUGAAGUCCGUGGAUAUUCCAAGAUGUAUGACGGUCUUUCCGAGGCGCCGUUCUCGUUUUACAACAUUGUUCAAUUCCCUUUCUUCGUCCUCUUCACGGACUUUCUGAUCUACUGGAUACACCGCGGUCUGCACCAUCCGCGUGUCUACAAGACUCUCCACAAGCCACACCACAAAUGGAUCAUGCCGACGCCCUUCGCUUCGCAUGCCUUCCACCCAGUGGACGGCUUCGCCCAGUCGAUCCCUUACCACCUGUUCCCCUUCUUAUUUCCCCUGCAGAAGUUUGCGUACCUUGCACUCUUCGCCUUUAUCAAUUUCUGGACCAUCUUCAUCCAUGACGGCGAGUACUACGCAAACUCACCACUGAUCAACGGUGCUGCCUGCCAUACGAUGCACCACUUGUACUUUAACUAUAACUACGGUCAGUUCACCACCUUGUGGGACCGCAUGGGUGGAAGCUAUCGUCCACCGAACGAGGAGCUGUUCAACCGAGAAACCAAGUUCGGCAAAACCGAAUGGGCAAAGCAGACCAAGGAAAUGGAAAAGAUUGUCAAGGAGGUUGAGGGUGAUGACGACCGUGGCUAUCUGGCGGAUGGCACCUCUGCGGCCAAAAAGGUCCAGUGA